AUGCAGCCAACGACCAUCGACCUUUACGCGCUCGGCAUCACGAUCGUCGUCGGCGGCCAAUAUUUCUCAUGGAACACGGGUCUUGUCGCUGGCUUUUACAGCUACCUCGGCGCGACGCUGCUCAUGGGCGUCGCGUACUGCUGCAUGGUGUCAUGCCUCGCCGAGAUCUCAAGCGCGCUUCCGUUUGCCGGCGGCGCCUACGGCAUUGCGCGCUGCUCGCUCGGCUUUUACUUCGGGUUUAUGAUUGGGUGCUGCGAAACGCUCGAGUACAUUGCGUACGUCGCGUCGUCGGUCUUGACGCUAGGCGACAUGCUCACGAUGGUAUUGCCAGCACUGGGCCCGGUGCGCCCGGUCCUUUGGCUGCUCAUUUACGCCGCCGCGCUGGGCUUGCACCUCGCGGGUGGCGCGGUCUUCUGGCGCGCCAACCGGAUCUUGGCGUUUCUCGCGCUGCUCAUCAUUGCCGCGUACAUCCUCGGGUCGCUCGCCGUGACGUCGCCGGCGGCCAAUGCGUCCUCCGAGGAUCUCUACCGCUUUGAAUUCCGCCAAGUGCUCAAGCAAAUGCCCGAGUCCGCGUGGUUCUUUGUCGGCAUCGAGUCGCUCAAUAUGGCGAGCGACGACGUGUGCAACCCGCGGCAGCAGAUCCCGCGCGCGCAGCUGCUCUGCGUUCUCACGCUCUCUGUCCUCGGCGUCUCGGUGCUCUCGACGUCGUCGUUUGUAGCGCCGGGCGUCACGACCCUCGCAACGGCCACUGUGCCCUUCAACAACGGGUUCAUGGCCAUGGGACUCUCCAUGUACGCCGCGACACUCUUGUCACUACCCGCGACGUUUGCAACCAUCUUUGGCUUUAUGUAUUCGUACGGCAAACUCACGAUCGCGAUCGCGGGCUCCCAGCUCCUCCCGCCCCUCUUUCUACACACGUGGUUUCCGCACCGCGUGCACGGCCCCGCGCUCCUUCUCACGUCCGGCGUCGGCUACGGCGUGUGCCUCGUCACGUAUUUCGUGCCGUCGAUCGGCGACUCGCUCUUCGCCGUGUGCAUCUGCAGUGCGUUCUGCGCCUACAUUGCGCAGUGCAUCGGGUUUAUCUACCUCCGGCUCUCGUUUGCGCACCUCGAGCGGCAGUAUACGAGUCCGCUCGGUAUCUGCGGCGCCGUCUUCCCGCUCUGCGUGUGGCUCUUGAACCUCGUGUCGAUCAUUGGCUCACUCCCAACGACCAAGUGCUGGUGCUGA